GCUCAGUGUCAGAGUGUGACACUUCUAUGAGACAGAAAUGGCUUUCCUCAGUUUCUUAACUUUUAGAAACUUACUUAGUCACCUUUUCCACUCUGCCCUCACAGGUGGGCUUCUUUUUCUUUGUCUACUUGUAAAUAUGACCGUUAUCGCCAGUCCCUCUCAAACAUCUCUGACCAUGCUCAUCACAUCCACAGCAGAACCGUUAUCUUCUCUGCCUGCUGAUGGUCCUCCUGGCUCACAUUUACAACAGCCUCCAAAGGCAAAAGCUGUGGAAGGGGAGGAUGUGGUGUUUCCUUGUUUCUUAAAGCUGGAUGUGGAUGAAGAACAGACUGUGGAGAAGGUGAGGUGGUAUGUGCAGAGUUUGGAGGGAAGGAAGAGGGUUCUACAAGGCAACGAGACGGUGGAGGAUGAGUUUGAUGGCCGUGUGUUCUUGUCCGGUGAUCUGUCUGAGGGAGAUCUGUCCAUGACACUGAGGAAUGUUUCGGUGGAGGAUCAAGGCCUGUAUUUGUGUGACUUCAUAUCAACACGCUCAACUAUUCUUCAGGGAGGCGGGACCAAACUCAGCAUCCGCAAAGGCCUGGGUGUGAUUGAAGAGUCUGUGGGCACUAUAAUUGGCAUAGUUGUGGCAGUUGUUGGCGUGGCAGCGGGGCUGGUUGCUGUGAUACUGACUCAGUUCAAGGACAAACUCAACUGCCUGCAGAAAUGACACACGAGAGACAGCCCUGGAGCUUGGAGGUUAAAAGUGCGGGGAGGAUACGGUAAAGGCCAAAGGUAAACAAGCAGCUCACACUGCCAAGGACGGACCGCGGUGCAUGAAAGAAUGACUUAACCGAACCGUGAGGCAUUUUUCUCACCCCAUAUUCUGAAUCAUAAUAUAUACGAUUACAUAGACAAAUAGAUCUGGUGACUCUCCUCGAACACAUACACUCCCUAUCAGAUCUAAUAAUGACGAAAAAGAGCAGCUGAGAUGGGAACUGUCGAGGUUUUGUAAGCUUGCCCCGAUGAGCAUGCAUUUCCUUUGUAUUCUCAUUUCUAUCUGAAUUCUACAUUAAUAGUUUCUGUGAGGAUUCAUGUUUUCUUUCAUCCAGUCUGCCGUGUAUUUAUUUUUAACAAUUUUGUAUGACUUAUUAUAUAGCUGAUGCAACCUUCAGUUCAUUGCUCCAACAGUGUCGAAAACCAUCCCAUGCAAAAUCAUAUUUGCAUACUUUUUUCUUUUUAUUGAUCUGUAUGCGUGCACGUUUUCAGUAUUGCAAGUCUUUCUUUUAAUAGCAUCUUAACAACAUACGAUAGAUGCUAUUUAGUAGACACUGAUGUAAGUCCUUUGCAUACCUCAAGUGGAGCAGAUGGACUGUUGAGUGGAUAGAAUGUUUAGGAGAGGCCGUUAUGAAGUUAUAUCAAUCAGAAACUGAUCCUGUAUCAGCACUCAACACUGAAUAUAUUUCCUCUCAAGAGAGCCCUGAUCUCAACACUCACGCUGUGCUUCAGUAUUCUGUUUUGAUUAAAGAACCUAAUUGCAAAGUUCUUCAUUUUCACCUACAUGCCUUUUGUAAGACCCAGCAGGGCCUUCGCCUCAGAAAUAGCCGGUUGUGAACUGGUUUGUGAUUGUGUGAUUUCGUCCCACGGGCUUAGGUUUGUUUACUGUGAAAAUCACCAUCUCUCCUUCUGACACAAAUAAACUAGUUUUAUUAUUCAAA